AUGGAAAUCUCUACGAACGACCAGUACCACGACGAAAAAGAAAGGAUUCCGCUAUGGAACACAAAUUCCAAGGACAAGAGGGAUACUACCUAUAUUAGAAUCACUUCAAAAAAGGGAACAAGCCAUCUUUUCUACACUUCUGUAACUCAAACCGAUGGCAUGCCUUCGCUGCGAGAGCUCUACAGAAUAGGGCACGGUCCAUCCAGUUCCCACACGAUGGGACCUUCUUUUGCUGCACAAGCGUUCAAAAAACUGUACGAUGACAAAGCAGAUCGUUACGAAGUCACUUUAUAUGGUUCUCUGGCUGCUACGGGAAAGGGACAUAUGACCGACGUGGCCAUUGAGAACGAGUUGAAGCCCAAAAAAGUCACGUUCAUCUGGAAGGCUAAUGAAACAUUAACCUUCCAUGUGAACGGUAUGACCCUCAAGGCCUUCCAAAACGACAAGGCAAUCGGUCAGGAAACCUAUUACUCGGUUGGAGGCGGAGCGAUUAUUGCCGAUUCUAAGCUCGACAAACGCGAAGGCCCCUACCGCAAGACCUUCGAUCCAGUGUACAAAUACUCCACGAUGAAGUCGGUCAUGCGCUGGUGCCGCAAGACGGGCUACAAGCUGAACGACUACGUCUACCAGAGCGAAGACGACGAGAUUCACUCCUAUCUUCUCGAGGUCUGGACCGCGAUGAAGCGCUGCGUGGAGAUCGGUCUGCAGGGCAAGGGCGUGCUCCCCGGCGGGCUCAAUCUGCCCCGCAAGGCGCGGGACAUGUACCGCGCGGCGGAGCGCAGCAGCAAGUUCAUGAGCGAGAACGCGUAUCUCUUCGCGUACACGCUCGCCGUGUCGGAGAACGACGCGGGCGGGGAGACGGUGGUCACCGCUCCGACGUGCGGCGCGUGCGGCAUCGUCCCUGGACUGCUCUAUUAUCUCCACAAGCACCAGCCCAGCAUCACCGACGAGGACUGCAUCGACGCUCUCGCCGUCGCUGGCGUCAUCGGCAAUCUCGCCAAGGUCAACGCGUCCAUUUCGGGAGCCGAAGCGGGCUGUCAGGCCGAGGUGGGAACGGCCUGCGCGAUGGCCGCGGGCGCGGCGUGCUUUCUGAUGGGCGGAACGACGGAGCAGAUCGAAUACGCGGCGGGAAUGGCGAUCGAACACAUGCUGGGAUUGACGUGCGAUCCGGUGAAGGGACUGGUGCAGGUGCCGUGCAUCGAGCGGAACGCGAUGGCGGCGACGCGGGCGCUGGAGUGCGCGCAGUACGCGCUGAUGACGAACGCGUUCCACAUUAUCUCGCUGGAUGAAGUGCUGAUGACGAUGAUCAUGACCGGAGAGGACAUCGAGGACACGCUGCGCGAAACGUCGAGGGCGGGGCUGGCGCAGACGUACAAUCUGGACGAGCUGGCGAAGAAGCAGCGGUUCGCGGAGCUGAAGAGAAGAUGGCUGGGAUUGCAUAGGAAGGAAGGGAUUAGCAUGUUUUGGGGAACACAGGGAGAGGAAGGCGGAGAAUCGGAGAAGGAAGAGGGGGACAUAGAGCACGAAUCGGAAGUGGAAUUAGAAUGAAUGAAUGAAUGAAUGAAUGAAUGAAUGAAUGAAUGAAUGAAAAGCUAAAUGAAUGAAUGAAUGAAUGAAUGAUGGGAUUGAACUGACUCUUCUCAUCAAUGGUUUUACAUUCCUCUGUGUACUUUAACUCGUUUUAAAUAUAUUUAUUUUUGUAUAUUUUUACUUUAAUUCAUAAU